AUGUUAGGGGAACCUGUGACAUUAACCUUGAAACCAGCACCCGCAGAUUCCGGCAUCGUCUUCCGACGAGUGGAUAUGGCUGGUGCGCCAGAAGUGAAGGUAUGUCAGGAAAAUUGGGCAGAUAUUCUGCCACGAUGUACCAGUUUACGCAACGGUGAUACAACGGUCAGCAGCGUCGAACACAUCCUCUCAGCACUCGGCGGUCUCGGCGUUGACAACGCGACGGUGGAGCUUGACGCAUCGGAACCGCCUGGGCUUGAGGGGAGCGCGGCACCAUAUGUCAAGAAUAUCCAAGCAGUAGGACUUGUCUCACAAGAUGCCCCACGGAAGUUUAUUGAGGUCACGGAACCGUUCGCGCUUUCUGCAGGGGAUAAGCAGCUCGUGUUGCUACCUGCCGACGCGUUAGAGGUGACAUUUGUUUACGCGCACCCGCAAACGAAACCACAAACAGCGACAUUCAAAAUAACCCCAGAAUCAUACGCUUCCGACAUCGCGCCAGCGCGGAGUUUCUGUUUCAAAGAUGAAAUUGAAGCACUACAAGCACUCGGUAUUGGGAAAGGGGCAAGCUACGAUAAUGUCGUUGUUAUCAAUGCCGCAGGUGAAUCCAGUACAUCACUGCGGUUUGAAGACGAGUUUGUCCGACAUAAAAUCCUUGAUUUGAUUGGCGAUCUCUAUUUAGCCGGACACUUGCCGAAGGCACAUGUUCUCGCGAUGCGGACUGGACAUAUGUUCCAUGCAGAAUUUGUGCGAGCCCUCGAUGAGGCGGGCCACCUUCAACAGGCACCUGUUCAAAAACCGAUUGAGGUAAUGGAUAUCUAUGAAGUGCUGCCGCACCGACAUCCGAUGUGCAUGGUCGAUAGAGUUAUUGAAUACGAAAGCAAAAAGCGCGCCGUAGGUAUCAAGAACGUGACUUAUAACGAACCAAUCUUUGAGGGGCAUUUCCCGACGCGCCCUGUGAUGCCGGGUGUGUUACAAAUCGAAGCACUCGCACAACUCGCUGCAUGGCUUGUGCUUCGAGACAUCGGAGGGACAUCUGUGUUAGAAACCAACAUUCACCCUACGGCUAUUAUCUCUCCAAAAGCAACAUUGGACGAGGGGGUUAAGAUUGGCCCCUACAGUCUUGUCGGUGAAGAUGUACAUAUAGGGCGCGGUACCGUGAUCGGUCCCCAUGUUCAGAUUGAAAAAUGGACAACUAUCGGCGAAGAAUGCAAAAUUUACUUCGGUGCUACCAUCGGUAACGAAUCCAAAGACCUAAAGUACGGGGGUUGGCGGAGCUACGUGAAAAUCGGGAAUCGCAAUAUACUACGCGAAUACGUCUCCAUCUCCAGGUCAUCUUUUGAAGAGGAAGCAACUAUCGUUGGGGACAAUAAUCUGCUGAUGAAUUGGGUUAACCUUGCACACGACACCAUCGUCGGCAAUAGAAUAAUCAUGGCAAACUUUGUCUCGCUUGCAGGACAUGUCGUGAUUGAAGACGAUGUUCGACUGGGAGCGCAUGCGGCACUGCACCAAUACGUGCGCGUAGGCAAGAUGGCAAUGGCAGGAGGUUUCUCAAAGAUUGUGCAGGAUAUCCCACCCUUUGCCCUCUCCGCCGGACAACCGGCGCGUGUUCGGACCCUCAACCGCAUCGGCAUCCGAACAUCACGGAUUAACCCUUUGUCCCAGCUCACACCUGAAGCACUCGCGGCGUUAAAGAAGGCGUUCCGUAUUUUGUUUCGCUCGGGGGUCCCCCUCAAGCACGCCGUCGCCAGAGUCAGAGAAACACUUGAACCAACCCCGGAAGUUGAAUAUUUACUCAAAUUUAUAGAAACUUCCAAACGCGGCAUAGGGUUUAGUCAACCGAACCGUACUCCGAGUGGUUAG